AUGAAUCAGCAGCUGCUUGCUCUGAUGGAACCAGAAGAGGAUUUCCUACCAUCGUCAAUAUUUCGGACGGAAAACUACUUCAUCCCGAGAGGCGGAGAUAGAAAAAAUCACGGAGGAAAAAUAGCAAAUAAGAUAGGCAACUUAAAGCAACGGAAACGAAAACGCGAAGCCAAGGAGAACGAGUAUCAAUCAGCCAAACAAGUGAAUGUUGAGCCCAAAUCCACUCGUAACGUAGUGGCUGAAGAAGCAGUAGAAUGGUUGAUGCUGAAUACUGAACCAUGGGGCGUUGUGCUUGACCAGUGGAGAACUAGUUACGAACUGCGUAAGGUAGACUUAUUGUCCCAUAAACGCAUUCCGAAAAUUUUUACGACAUAUCCGCAAUACAAGUGCCAUCACGGUUUUCAGCUGAUCGAUAUUGAUUUCCAAAAAGCAUUUCCGAAUGCGGAGAAUGGAUGGAUGAAGCUGCCGCUGUUGCUACCUCGGAUUACAGAGUACAUCAAGAAAAGAGCAUUGGAUCCGUCAGCGGCACAGUUACUGAAGCAGCUGUUUGACGAAGGCGCCAAUAACGAUAAGAAAGUAUGUGCACUGUUGCUAGCGCUGAACACCGUUUUACCGCCUAUUGCUGCUGCAUCUCGUUUGAAGCCUACCAUCUUGAUUGGACAAGAGGACACACUGAUUUUUGUUGAUGCCAAAGAACAAGCUCAGCUGAAAGUUCAAGAAACAUAUCGGAGUUACACCGAGCUGAAUCUGCCGAUUGUGCCAAAACUGAUUGCAGUGGGGAAAAACUUGGACCAGCUUCAGGGAACCUUCGUGGUCUGCUACGGUGACAUAUGCUAUGAGUUCCAGUCAGCGUCAAGAGCAGUAGACAUACUUAUCAAGCUAACAGCAGUCCUCGGACUUCCGUUUUCGAAAAUUUCUAAACUGGUUUGGCACUUUCUCAGCGGCUGCAUUUACGGCAUACAACAAAAAGAAUCCUACGCAUCUAUUAACAAACUAAAGGUUUAUCUGGACAAAGGAUAAUACAAUAAUACAAAUAGUUGUCAGCAUGUCGCAGAUUACCUGUAUGAUCUAUGGAUGUUCGAUCCUUUCCGCCACACCAAAUGAAUAUCUCUUACAUCUUAAGGACUACCACAACGUUCCUGCUGUAUAUCAGUAUCGAUGUACGAUAUCCAAUUGCCCUCAAGUAUUUUCUAAAGUAUAUCCAUUCAAAAAACACAUCAACCAUCAUGCCGGAUAUCAGAACCUCGACCAUAGAAAUGCCGAACAUACUACCAGUGCCAUUAGCCAGCAAAGUCAGUCAUCGCCUCGGGCAUCGCAGGAGCAUCCAUCUCUUUCGUUAGAUGCGGCGGGUUCUUCAUCACAUAAUUCUGGCUGCAAUUCAUCGAAAAUACGACGUAUUGGAAGCAUUGAUAAUCAGGAUUCUUAUGUUAACGAAAACCCUAUUCGUGUGCUUGACCUAAUGGCCUUAAAGUUAACUCUGUUCAUGCAUAAGCAUAGUAAUUUCACGAGAAAAGAUGUUUACCAAAUGCAAAACGAAAUAGCCAUAAUGUUUUCAGAAGUAGCUGAUAAUUUCGAAAAAUUCAAGCCAUACAUAACCGACCCAGAAAACAAAUUUAACUAUCAAACACAAAUUGACAAACUAAAAACUAUAUUUGACUUAGUUAACACUGAGCAUAAAUUUUUUAAGUACUUGAAAAACACAGUCGGGUUUGAACUGCCAACAAUAGUUACAUUAGAGAAAAACAACAAUAUUGCUUUCAAAUUCCUUAAUAUUGAAAAUGACACAGAAGUAGACCUCCAAAAUAACUACUUAAUCAUCAUGCCUAUCGAAUUCCAGAUUAAAGUUUUCUUUGAAUGCAACGGCAUAUUGAACGCAACGUUACGAAACACGAAAAAAUUGGAGAAGUCAUCAGAAAUAAAGAAUUACAUAAAUGGAAGUACAUGGAAAGUUAUAAA